UGAAAACGAUGAGCGAAUACUAUCUCACUGCGAGAAAAAGCGACUUCGAAUUGACUGAGGAAAGAUCAUAAAUCCGCAAACACCGCGAGCAUAUGGCCAGUCGUUCAAAGUUUUUGCAAUAGAUCAUUAAACCGCGCAACAUACGGAACUAAUCGACGGCGAACGUUUUGCAGAUCACUGAAUUGAAUAAGAAGAUCGCUGCAGACGCGCAAGUGAGCUGGUCCAGCUAAACCAACUAGUACACCUUCAUACGCACAAACAUAUAAUACACUGAAUUGUGUUAAUAUACGAGCGAAAACGCACUUGACGUCGAGACGCCGCAAAAGUGUCUAUUUUUGUUAAGAACAAAAUUAAGGCAAUUGAAAAAUAGCCACAAAAGCCAGUGCAAAGAAAAAAAGAGUUCUGACUUGUGAAAAAGGAACGAUCGCGGAAAAUUGAAUAUUUCGUUUUCAAGGUGUCUGGGCGACGUCAAGAGAUAAAUUAUGCGAAUUCGCAAAAUAGCAGCCACACGAAAUUGUCACGUAUAUAGUUGAAAUCCCAUAUUCAUAAAUGCAAAAAUCAUAUUUGCGUAAAACACAUUUAAUUCUGUUAUAUUGAAAAUAAUUCAGUAUUUGGCUGAAAUAAACAUUUGAGAGUGUAAAGUAGUUUUUUUGCGCCCUGUAUGGUCAGAGUUAUGAAAGUGCCACUGUAUCGAAGCAACACAAAUCCGAAACGCCCAUCUAACGCAUUUAGAAAUUGUCAUACAAAGUACGAAAUCGUCGCACUGGCGAAGGAUCGCAAUUUGAAGUCGAAGUUAAAGAAAUUGCAAAUCUAUUUUAUGUUCAAUAAUUUACGCAAACGGAAAUCUGCAAAUUUAAAACAGCAAUUAACUAUAUUAUUGGCACUCAAAACACUAAAGACAUCGUUGGCCAUUUGUGAAAUAUAUAGUAAUUCGUUGGUGGUGUACAAUCAGAAAAAUUGAUAGACGGUUGAAAAUACCAGCGUUUAUUGUGGUCUUUUGCGGUUUUGAGCUUCGCGUUUCGUUUUACAUGCGAUACGUGCUGUAGUAUUAGUGUAUAUAUUGGAAAUAUUCGGAUUACAUAUUUCUUAUUAAGUUUGCUUGCUCUUCAACAUCUCAAACCUCAAUCAGUAUAAUAAAAUCCGGAAAUGGUUGGUGUAGCCGCAGCUGCCAGUGAGCAGAGUAUGUCAUCGACGAAAAAUCCAAUGAUUAAAUAUAUGUUGAAAGCUCGCGAAAACCAUGCUCGUAAUCAGAAACACGACUACUCACACGUCUUCCGGCUCAAGACGCGUUUUGAAAUGUUUCGGCUUGCCGUUAUUGCAAUGGCCAUUGAGUUUGCCUAUGCGGCCGAAACGUCCUUCGUGUCCCCGAUCCUAUUACAGAUUGGCAUCGAUCACAAACUGAUGACCAUGGCCUGGGGCGUUUCUCCCGUUAUUGGGUUUUUCAUCUCACCAUUAUUAGGAUCGAUUAGUGAUCGUUGUACACUUAAUUGGGGUAGACGUCGACCGAUCAUUACUGUCCUAUCGGUGGGUAUCUUAACAGGCUUGAUACUGGUGCCUUACGGAAAAGAUCUUGGUUUAUUAUUGGGCGAUAUUGGAUAUAAUACAACCACAACCAAUAAUUUAACGGCUACGAAUGAUGGAUUAGCGGCUGCUUUAGUCUCAUCUGACGCAGAAAACACGGAUGGGCCGGUUACAGCGAAUUUCAAAUUUGCUGCGAUAUUGACAAUACUUGGCAUGGUACUGUUGGACCUGAAUGCAGAUACUUGUCAAACACCGGCUCGUACGUACAUGUUGGAUGUGUGUGUACCUGAGGAUCAGGCACGUGGCCUAACCACCUUUUCACUGUUGGCAGGUUUCGGUGGUACGAUUGGUUAUGCCAUCGGUGGCAUCGACUGGGAGAAAACAAAAUUUGGCGCAGCAUUAGGUGGCAACAUUCCUACGGUUUUUGGAAUGGUUACCAUUAUAUUCAUCAUUUGUUACUUUGUCACCAUUACAACGUUCCGCGAAAUUCCACUGAGGUUAAUCGAAAGAGACGAAAUGUUGAGACCCCUUUCAGCCACUGCUAUUAAGAAGGAAAUAACCAAAAAGAACAACGCUGUUUAUUACAUUAAAGAGACCGAUGCUUUGGAGCUAGAAUAUGCUAAACAGGAAGAAAAGUAUGACAUGGAAAGCUACCAAAAUGGUUAUUCACCAGCCGUGGCAAACACAAAUAAAGAUAAUCAACCAUCUCAGUCUACACCCAUCAAUAACAAUAAGACAAUGGCUGUUGAACUGGAUGAAGGCAUGGACGCGCCUAUCACAUUGGCAAAGUACUUGAAGAGCAUUUUCGUGAUGCCCCGUUCAAUGCGAAUACUCGCACUGACAAACCUUCUCUGCUGGAUGGGUCAUGUGACAUACUGUUUGUACUUUACGGACUUCGUUGGGGAGGCGGUAUUCCAUGGAGAUCCAACCGCUCCACCUGGCUCAGAGGCAGCUGAGUUGUAUGAAGCCGGUAUUCGCUUUGGUUGUUGGGGAAUGUCUGUGUACGCUUUAUCUUGUUCCAUUUAUUCGAUUUCGGUAACCAAGCUGAGGAAGCUAUUAGGAACUAAAGUUGUUUACAUUACUGGCAUACUGUACUAUGGCGUGGGUAUGUUAAUAUUGGCCAUCUGGCCAACCAAGUGGGGUGUCAUCGUGUUUAGUACUUCAGCGGGCAUACUGUAUGGCACUAUUUUCACAAUCCCAUAUAUUCUGGUGGCCAACUAUCAUGCAAAAGAUUGUUUCCGCAUGCACAAUGGCGAAUCAGUUCCUUUGAAACAGGCCCGUGGCUUAGGCACCGAUGUGGCGAUCAUUAGCAGUAUGGUAUUUAUAGCGCAGCUGGUAAUCUCAUUGUCUAUAGGUCCAUUAAUUUCAUGGAUGAAGACGACUUGUGCCAUAUUAUAUGCAUCUACAUUUUUAGCGUCAAUUGCUGCAAUAUCUGCAAUGUUUGUUUUAUAUGUGUAAAAAUUAUUGUUAGACAUGUACAUACAUACAUGUAAUUUUAAAAUCAGAAUACUGUAUAGAUUAUGUACCAAAAAUUACUGUUAUCUCGAUAAAAUAUUUAGGAUAAAAAAUACUUUGUAAUUGAAGCAACUGUAAUUUAUUUGAAUAACAUGCUUUUGAAUUAUUUCAACAGUUUUAUUUUA